UGGUGCAGAAGGUUGAUAGUCCCGUCUCCUACUCUCUCUCUCUCUCUCUCUCUCUCUCAUUUUGGUGGUUUUGUAGGAGGGGGUCUAGUUGAGAGGGGAGGGUUGGAAGAAUGGGGAGGCAGCCAUGCUGUGAUAAGGUGGGGCUUAAAAAGGGGCCAUGGACAGCAGAGGAGGACAAGAAGCUCAUCAACUUUAUCCUGACCAAUGGCCCAUGUUGCUGGAGAGCUGUGCCCAAGCUAGCAGGAUUGCUUAGGUGUGGGAAGAGUUGCAGGCUGAGAUGGACAAAUUAUCUCAGGCCUGAUUUGAAGCGUGGAUUGCUAUCAGAGUCUGAGGAGAAGCUGGUCAUUGAACUCCACUCUCAACUUGGGAACAGAUGGUCCAAAAUUGCAUCUCAUCUCCCUGGUAGAACAGAUAAUGAGAUAAAGAACCAUUGGAACACCCACAUAAAGAAGAAGCUAAGGAAAAUGGGAAUUGAUCCACUCACUCACAAGCCCAUCUCUUCAACUUUUGACCAGCAGCAGCAGCAGCAAGGAUGUGCUUCAGUUGGUGGAAAUGAUAAAAAUGAGCAGCUCUGCUUGCAGUCUCCUCCCAAGAUGGCACAAGAGGAAGCAGAGGAAAAGAGCAUCACAAACUCGUUCGAUCCUAUAGAGAUUGAUGCAUCGUUUAGCAAAUCCCCUAUUUUUUUCACUGAUGAAGUGCCUGUGAUCGAGCCCCAUGAGUUCGUAGUCCCUUGUGCUUCCUCGACCCCCUCCAUCUCCUCUACUUCCAUCUCUUCAUCAUGCUCUUCUUCCAGCUCUGAACCUAAAGCUGAGGAAAUGCAACUUCCAUGCAUGGACUGGCCAGAGUCGUUGUACCUCUGGGGGCUGGAUGACUUCAUGGGAUUGGAAUUUCUCAGUGAUGAUGGGGAUGGAAAAUUAAGCCUUGAUCCUUUUAGCCAAUGCCAAAGAACUUUUCUAGAUCAGGAGUCAGGGAAAUUUGAGCUUUUCUGAUAUCGUUCUCCAUGUCUUUAGUAAUUUGUGGCGACAGAUUCAAUAAAAGAGAGGCUCAAACUCCUUUCUUCA